UUGAAGACUUCAGUUCUGCGGCGACCAUCGAAUGGUCAAGUUCGGAGUUUCUUUGUUCCCCCAGUGCGAAAAAGGUCUUGGGCUGCGAAAGUGUUUUGUUCCAGUGUGACUAAGCUGAAAUUCCGACUUCGGGAAUAGACUGUGUAAAAAUAACUUGUUAAUUAGGCCCCAGUGAUACUUAAAAAAUGGCCAAGAUAAACCUGAUAAGACACCUUGUCCUAGCCCUAAUGCUAUAUAGUGUGGCAACGGCCAAGGAGCAUCUGCGAAUCCGCAGACAAGCCGCUGAAUCGGUGACUGCAGCACUACCAAAUGCCAGUAAAGUUAUAGCUUCCGAAGAGAUUGAGCCGCAAACAGAAGUACCUCGAUUGCAAGAAAAACCCACGGAGCUUAAUAAAACCGAGAAACCCAUCGAAACGGUGGAGACCCGCAACUCGGCCUUCGAUUUGCCCGCCGCCUCGGAUUUAUCCAGCUCUUUGGGUUCCGAGGAAGAUAGUAUCUACUACGAUAAUGCCCCUAUUGAUUGCAAUCCCGAUCUGGUGGGCUUUGAAAUUGUGACAGGCUAUGUCUUCUCGGCGCCCGAGAAACUGAUGGAUUCCCAGCCGGGCACUCUAAUGCUCACCGAUUGCCUAGACACCUGUAGGAAGAACAAAACUUGCCAGUCAGUCAACUACGAGACCGGGCUUUGCGUGCUCUUUUCAGCACAUGCUGAUCAAUUACCUGGUGCCCUAACAAAGUCGCAGUUCCCCGUAUUCACAAUCUAUGCCCAAAAAUCAUGCCUUUCCGUAAAACCCUGCUCGCGAGCCUGGUAUGUCGAUCGUGUGCAAAAUUAUAAGCUCAAGACGGAAGUUAAGCGUACCGUGUCGGUGGCUUCCAGACGCGAGUGCUUUGAACUUUGCCUAAGCGAAACGGACUUCACAUGCAGAUCUGCCAACUAUGAUCGCGCCUCUGGUGCCUGCGAACUAAGUGAAUUGGAUCGCUUAACGUUAGCCGGCUCUCAGGCCUUCCAGCCGAACGAAGGGUCUGAUUACCUUGAGAAUCACUGUGUCGAUGAACCCAAUAAGCUGUGCGAAUUCAAACGGCUGCCUGGUCGCAUUUUGAAGACGGUGGACUCUGUUUACCAAGAAGUCAGCAGUAUUGAUGAGUGCCGGGAGCUGUGCCUUAAUUCGCCUUACAGGUGCCACUCGUAUGACUAUAAUGACACUGGCGAUAUGGUCUGCAGAUUAUCCCAUCACAGUCGUGCCACUUUGGCCGAUGUGCAGGAACCCUUCCUGGAAGUUCCAGAGGCCUCGACCUACGAACUGACUUCCUGCUACAAUGUGACCAUCGAAUGCGGCGGUGGCGACAUGUUGGCACGUAUUCGCACCUCCAAACUGUUUAAUGGCAAGGUCUACGCCAAGGGAUCUCCGAAAUCUUGCUCGGUGGACGUCAAGAGCGCCCUGGACUUUGAGCUGCGAAUGAACUAUCAUGAUCUGGAGUGCAAUGUGCGACAGAGCAGCGCCGGUCGCUAUGUGAACGAUAUUAUAAUCCAGCAUCACGACAUGAUUGUGACAUCCUCCGAUUUGGGCUUGGCCCUGGCCUGUCAGUACGAUCUGACCAACAAGUCGGUUAGCAAUGGCGUGGACCUGGAUGUGCGUGGCGACAUUAUGCCAGCCCUCUCGGAGGAGGUGAUUGUGGAGUCACCCAAUGUUAUCAUGCGUAUUACCUCCCGCGAUGGUUCGGAUAUGAUGCGAUCUGCCGAGGUUGGCGAUCCACUCGCUUUGAAGUUCGAAAUUGUCGACGAACAGAGUCCCUACGAGAUCUUCAUCCGGGAGUUGGUUGCCAUGGAUGGCGUGGAUAACUCGGAAAUUACCUUAAUUGAUUCAAAUGGCUGCCCGACUGACCACUUUAUAAUGGGGCCAAUUUACAAGGGCUCGGUAUCCGGCAAGGUGCUGCUCUCCAACUUUGAUGCCUUCAAGUUCCCUUCGAGUGAGGUCGUUCAGUUCCGAGCGUUGGUCACUCCAUGCAUGCCCAGUUGCGAGCCAGUCCAGUGCGAACAGGAGGAUACCAGUGGGGAGUUCAGAUCCUUGUUGUCCUACGGCCGGAAACGCAGGUCUCUCAACACAACAGAUGAUCAUCCAAGACCACGUCGCGAUAUCGACACUUCAAAGAAGUCCGCACCUAGCGACAUGCUGCUGGUCCAAUCCAUUCAGAUAACGGACAAAUUCGGAUUCAAGCAAGAUAAGCAAGAAAGCGGGGAUUAUUAUGACGGAAAUGAAACCACAUUUACGGCCAACGAAGAGGGUCAUGGAUUUUGCGUUAACGCUAUUGGUCUCAUUACUGCUGCCACAAUUUUCUUGCUAACUCAGUUGGCCGUGAUCGCGAUUUGGACAUAUUGCUACCAACGUCGCCAGAAACUUCAGCCGUAUCAACAUUCUUACUAAACAGAAUCAUCACACAGAAUCACCGAGUUCUUUUACAUUAACAAAGCAAAACAAAACAUUAACGUCUAAGCUUCAAAAGGUGCAAUCAAUAUUUAUUUUACGAAUACCCGUCGUCCUGAUACAACAUCCGCUAUUUGCCUUAUCUAGUCAGUGCACGAUUUUAGAGAAAAACGAAAAUGAAAUUUAUGUGUCUUGUUCGGUGGAAUUCAGAGAGAUUGUUUGCAUUGCAGCCAUGGCGUUUUGUGUAUUCUUCAAACAGACUCCCUACUUGCAAAGGAAGUUCGACACCCGACUCGACUGCCUUGAACUUCUUUUGCGACUUCGGAAGUUGAACAAUGGUUGACAUUUGUAUAAACUAAAACAUAUUACAUUUACUUUCUCGAAUUAAUACCCUAUAUCAUCUGUGUAUCGAAUGCGACUCCUAAGUUAAGCACUAUAAUUUAUUACAUAUCAAUGACAGUUUAAUGUUUGCAUUGGACCCCUUUAAUUUUAUGGAACGAAACUCAUCUUAUUAUUAUUAAACUUAAGAUUUUUAAUGAAA